AAGAAACACGCCGAGAAAUACCAGAGUAGCAAAACUGCCCGUUUUGUUGGAAACAACUGCGCUCUGCUCUUGGCGCUGUUUUCCUUUCUUUCUCUCUCUAAAUUCUUUACCACUUUUGCACAUCACCUGGCCCCGCUCUAUAAAAGCCCCUUCAUACAAUGCACUCGAAAAUAUAUCGUACCAACACCGCUUUAAGUUCACUACUAUAUACUAAAUUAUCGAACACAUAAGAGGCAAAAUAAUCGACCAUGAGAUUAAGCUGCAACGGUUGCCGAGUGCUGCGAAAGGGAUGCAGCGGGGAAUGCCCGAUCAGGCCAUGCCUUCAGUGGAUAAAGUCGCCGCAGUCGCAGGCCAACGCCACCCUCUUCCUGGCCAAAUUCUACGGCCGAGCCGGCCUCAUCAACCUCAUCCAUGCGGCCGCACCGCAUCUACGACCAGCGGCGUUUAAGUCGCUGCUCCACGAAGCGUGCGGGAGGAUCGUGGAGCCCAUUCUUGGGUGCACGGGGUUGCUGUCGUCGGGGCGGUGGGACCUUUGCGAGGCGGCCGUGGAGGCCGUUUUGAGUGGGGCCCCAGUCGGGAAGGUGUCGUUGUGGUGCGAGUCUGCGGGUUCUUCGAUGCUGAAGGCGUGCGAUAUAAGACACGUGGCGAAUAAGGGAAUGAAGAGUGGGUUGCACAAGGUGAAGGAGAGCAGUAAGGGUUUCAAACGGAACGGAGGAGGAAAAGGGAAGAGAGGGAAGGAGAUUGCUGACGUCAGCGACGACGACUGGGCUUCCGGACUGAGUGACCAUAGAAGUUUAGUUAACGGUAACGGUGAUAGCUGCUCCGUGGAAACCGAGACGGACACGGUGGAGGCUGCAGAAGCGUGUGACGGAGGCUUGGACCUCAACUUGACUUUGGGGUGUUUCUCGUCUUAAUUGACCUAAUCCUUACACAAUCAGAGAGAUAAUCAUAAAAUCGGCUAUCCAUUUUUCUUCUUUAUUAGCUUGUAAAUUACUAGAUCGUUUUUGUCUCCAUAUAUACUAUAUCUAAAUCAUUUUACUUAAUCUUAAUGAUACUGAUGACAAAUAAUAUAAUAUUUCUCUUUACAAAUUAA